AUGCCGGUGCUCCUGGCGCGCGGGUGUAGUGUCGUCCGGCCGGAAACCGCCGCCGCUCCGGCCCCUGUGACUGGGCUCACGGCGCCGGCCAUGUCCGAUUGGGAAUGUGUCUUGGCCGGGACGGAUCUCCCGGAAGACCGGGUGCCUGUCUUGCUGCACGAUCUGCUGGCCCUGUGGCGGGGAUUGCUGCACUCGCCCAUCGAUCGGCUCUUUGACCCGGCCCUCUUCCUCCAGUGCCGACGCCUGGCGGCUGGCGGUGGGACCGGUGCCGGCACCACGGUGGUCCUCGCCGCCGAGUCUGACAGCGAUUCGGACUCGGAUUCCGAGGUGGUGGCAACUUCACGCAAGCGCGGGCGCAAGGGCGCUGCCUCAUCCUCGCGGUCCAAGCGUGCCAAGAAGGCGGCCCCGACCCCGACGAUCAUUGUCGACCGGCUGACCGACGAGAUCCUCCGUGCGGCGGAUCCCUCGCGCGGGGACAUCGGUGGCCAGGAUGCCGCCACAGUUAUCCUGGCUCGGCGCAUCCAGGCCACCGUGGCCUUUUCCCAGUGCUUGGCAUACCUGCCGGCAGAUGACACCCCCGGGGCGGUGCCCUCCUCCAGCGACAGCGGCAUCAUCAGUGCCCUGCCGCUCACCAGCACCAUGGUUUCGUGGCUGGUGUGGGACUACUCCACGCACUCGGCCCUUUCGCAGGAACUUGCAUGCAUCAUCGCCUCGGAGUGGCGUGCACCCGCCCUUGCCACACUGGCCAGCCUGCUGGCGCGGCAGCUCAGCGCCACCGACAACAAGACGCUCAGCUACUACUUCGAGGAACUGACCGGGUCGUGUGCGCGCGUGCGCGCCGAGUGUGCCGGGCUGCUGGACGCCCUGGUCCGGCAUGGGGCCCCGGUGGCCGCGGUGCCGACCCUGCCUCGGAGUGCGGCCGGUGCGGCGCAGACCAGCGCCGCGGCCGCCAGCGGCAGCAUGGAUGUCUUCACGCUGGACUUGGCCCGGGGGCUGAUUUCCGAGCACACCUACACCCAGCUGCUGGGGCUGGUGCCGCCGCGGCGAACGGAGCGCGAGUCGCAGCUCGUGCGCGAGGAGCUCGACGGACGUCGGCGCAUGGUCGAUGCCGUGAUCAAUCUUUACCUGGAAUCCACGUCCGGGCUGGAGGAGACCGUGCGCGGGCUGACCGCGGCCACAUGUGUGUCGCUGUUGGUGGCCCCGGGCCGUGUGACGGCGGCCGUCCGGCCGCUGGUGGAUGCCUGCAAGCGCGAGCAGUCGGCCCUGCUCCAGCGCCGGAGCGCCGUGGCCACGGCGGCCCUGAUCCGGGUGCUGGUCGAGCGCGCCGAGCAGCAAGCCGGCCCGGGGGGGGGCCCGGCAUCCGACGAUGACCGGUCCCCGGCCGCGCGCAUCCUCCGCAGCUUGACCCUCGGCCGGGCCCAGGUGACCGACCAGGAGCGAGUGGCCGCGCGCGAGCGGUCCCGCAUCAGCACCCUGCGGCGGGGCACGCGGGCGGUUUUCCGCGCUCUGGUGGCCCAGAUGUUCGGGCCGUCGCUCUUCCGGCGGCUGCCCUGGCUGUGGCGUACCCUGCAGGGGCCGCUGGCGGAGCGCUUUGCCAGCACGGCUGCCAUCGGCGAGGAGGCCGCCGCCAAUCCGCCGGCCGAUGGCGAAUUCUUCCGCGCCCUGUGCCGACAGGCCGACCGGCCUCUGAAUACGCUGGACUUGCCGGUCCUGGCGGCCGAGCAGGCGGAAGAUGCCUCGCGCGAUGACACGGCCCUGCUGACGGCCAUCGGCCUCCGGUCGUCCUUCGUCCGGACCCAGGCGGCCGCGGCGCUGGCGGCCUAUUGCUCGGCUUGCCCGGUGCGUGGUGUCCCGCUGCUGGUGCGCCGGGUGACUCCCCUGCUGGCGGACAGCCGGGUGCCGGCGCACCGGCAGGGCGCGGCCGAGGCCGUGCGGCUGGUGGUCCAGCGCCUGGAUUUGGCGGUGCUCCCGUAUGCGGUGCUGCUUUUGCGGCCGGUGAUGGCGCGCAUGAGCGACCCGGAUGCCGACACGCGGGCCGUUUGCGCGGCGGCCUUCGCCGAUCUCCUGCGCAUGCUGCCACUGGAGGGGAGCCUCUUCGGGGGGCUGGGGCCGGGAUCGGCCGCGGCCCCCGCCGCCGGUCCGGCCACCACAACCCCCGGCUUGGAUGCCGGCUUGGCGGCGCAAUUGCUCAAUGACCGGACUUUCCUGGCCCAGCUGCUGGAUCCGUCGACCAUCGAGCCGUUCCUCCUGCCGGCCGGGGCCAUUCGGGCCGAGCUGCGGCCCUAUCAGCAGGAUGGCCUCAAUUGGUUGGGAUUCCUCAAGCGCUAUGGGCUUGGGGGGGUGCUGUGUGAUGACAUGGGUCUCGGGAAGACCUUGCAGACCAUUUGCAUCCUGGCCGGGGCCCAUGCGGAGGCCGUGGCCGCUGGCGGGACGGCGGCCCUGCGCCGGUCGCUGGUCAUCUGCCCCUCCUCCGUGCUUGGGCACUGGGAGCAGGAGAUUGCCCAGUAUGCGCGGGACCUGCGCCCUGUGGUGUAUUCCGGCACCGCGGCCGAGCGCCGGGGGAUCCUCGGGGCCGGGCUGCUGACGCCCCGGACCGCGGCCGAGGCCGUGGUCCUGAUCGUGUCGUACGAUGUCUUCCGGAAUGAUGCGCCACAGCUGGCCGCCGCCAUGGGGCCUCUGCUGUAUUGUGUCCUCGAUGAGGGACACAUGAUCAAGAAUGCUCGGUCGCGCCUGUACACCGUCAUUCGCCAGUAUGGCCGGGCCACGGCCGAGCAUCGACUCAUCCUGUCCGGCACGCCGGUGCAAAACCACGUCGGUGAACUGUGGGCACUGUUUGAUUUCCUGAUGCCAGGGUUCCUGGGCACGGAGCGGCAAUUCCGCGAGCGGUAUGGCCGGGCCAUUGCGGCGGCCGCGGCGGCCGGUGCGGCUGGCACCGCCGCCGGUGAGGCAGCCGCGCGUGCGCUGAACCGCCUGCACCGCCAGCUGCUGCCCUUCCUGAUGCGACGCAUGAAGGCCGAUGUGCUGCACGACCUCCCGCCGAAAACCAUCCAGGAUGUCACCUGUGACAUGAGUCCCCUUCAGCGGGCCAUCUAUUCGGCCUGCCUGGCGGCCAUCGGCGGCCGGGAUGCCCUGGCGUCGGCUCUUGCCGUGGUGGAUGAGGCGGGCUCCGGGGCCGGUGGCGCGGGCGCUGCUGCCGGCGGCGGCGGCGGCGGCGGCUCGGAUGCCGGCCCGGCCGGCCGCCAGCACGUCUUCCAGGCCCUGCACCAGAUGCGCAAGAUCCUGGGGCAUCCGCUGUUGGCGCUGGACCCGCCAGCCGGAGCGCCUGCCGCCCAGUGUGCGGCGGCUCGCCAAGCCGAACGCCAACUCCUGGAGCCCCUGGGCUUGCAGGUUCCCCGCCAGGCGGAUGGCUCGGUUCUGCCGGGCGACUCGCUGCGCAUUGGCCCGAAGUUGCUGGCACUGCGAGACCUGCUGCUUCAGUGUGGCAUCGGCACGGCCACCACUUCGGCCGGCGGUGACCCGGAUGGCGAUGCGUCGGUGUCCAGCCCGAGUGAUGCGCUCACCGCUUCGGAAGAUUCCUCCGCCACUGUGGGAGAAAUCGUCAGCAACCACCGCGCGCUGGUCUUCUGUCAGCUGACAUCGAUGAUUGACAUCAUCGAGCGCGAUGUGCUGAAGCCAAUGGGCAAUUCGGUUUCGUGGCUCCGCCUUGAUGGAUCGGUCGAGCCGCUGGCCCGCCAGCGCAUGGUCACGCGCUUCAACCGCGACCCGUCGAUCGACUUGCUGCUGCUGACCACAUCGGUCGGUGGACAGGGUCUCAACUUGACCGGGGCCGACACGGUGAUCUUCGUCGAACACGACUGGAACCCCCACCGGGAUCUGCAGGCCAUGGACCGAGCCCACCGGUUGGGGCAAACACGCGCCGUGCACGUGUACCGUCUGCUGACGCGAAACAGUCUGGAAGACCGGAUUAUGGGCUUGCAGCGCUUCAAGAUCGCCGUGGCCGAUUCCAUCGUCGGUGCCGACAACAAGGGCCUUGCUACCAUGGGCACCGAGCAGCUAUUCGACAUGUUCGAGACCUCGAGUGCCGACGCGGCGGCCGCCCUUCAGGCGAGUGGUGCCGCCACCGCUGGCUCCGACCCGAGCAACCACCUGGUGGAUGCUUUGACCCUGGGUGGUGGUGGGGCCGCUGCAGCCGAGGCCGGCUCGCCGGCCGCACUGGCCAUGGCCAAUCUCUGGGAUUCUACGGCCAACCAGUAUGGCGAUGAGUAUGACGUGGCCGGCUUCGUCCGGUCCCUGCAUGGACCAUCCUCCCUAUCGGUCACUGGUGACGAGGGGGAAGACGAGCCCGUCGACAUGUAAGAGAGCCAGGGGCAGUUCAUCAUAGAUCCCUCUCUCUUCUUCC